UUAUUUUAUGAUGGUGUAUUCGUAUAUAUUUCUAUAUUUUUCUUUAAAAAAAGAUAGAAAUACGUUUUCCAACGUCGUUUUUUCGUCAUACAAUGUAUCAUAUCAUCACAUUACGAAUAAUAAAUGAAUCAAUGUAAGAUAACUUUACUAUCAUGUUGAAUAAUUAUUAAAGCUGUAUCUACUAGUGUCAAAAUUCAAAACGUGUAGUUCGAAUUCUCAAUAAAGAUGAUCGUUAUGUGCUUGUGACGAUAUGGCUAAUUAAUACAAGUGUCAUUUCGAAUUCUCGAUAAAGAUGAUCGUUAAGUGUUUGUGUUGUGACGAUCAUCUUCAUUGAGAAUUCGACGUUUUGAAUUUUGAUAUUGAUACUAGUUAAGUACGUACAGCUUUGAUAUCGUUUAAUAAUAUUUAACGUUUACGGUUUAGUAAAGUUAUGUUACAUUGAUUCAUUUGUUAUUUUAUUUGUAAUGUGAUGAUUUAUACACAUGUAUGACAAUAAAUAUACGAAUUAAUACGAAUACACCAUCAUAAAAUAAAAUACAAGUCCAAAACGUAAACAACGGAACAAAGAGAGACAACAGAUAAAAACUAACUCGCUUCUGAUUGGUUACACAUAUUUGCUCUCGAGACGCUCGUUUUUUCUCCUGGGUAGACCGAUAAGGUAGACUUUGUGUUGUUGCCUUCCCUAGAUUGCGACGGACUUACUCUUCCCAUCCUUUCAGCUGUAAUCACCAAAAUUCGAGGCUUCACUAGUGAUUUUGGGGCAGGUAGAAGUGUAUCAUAAAAUUAUCACCUAUUCACCACAGACUCUCUCAAGUGAAUCGUUAUGUUGUUAACUGAACUACCUGAAUUCGUUCUGGAGCACAUCAUUUCAUUCCUCAAUUACGAUGAAAUUGCUAAAAAUCGAAUAGUAUGUCAGCAGUUCAACCGGAUAGGAUGGUUUUUGCUAAAUCGAGGAUUCCACGCAGCUGAGAAGUAUCAAAAUUCUUCGCUCAAAGCCGUCAAGGCUCGUCUCCCACGUAGAGAAUCGGAAAGAAAGAAACAUCCGUUAGCCAAAAAAUGUGAUAUACUAUCAGCUAUAGAAAGUCGCUUGAAUAUGCUGUCAAUGGCUUUUGGUCGAUUUAUUGAAGCAAAAUUAUGCUGUUUUAUUCCUGGAAAAGUUAUCGAUGAACUAUUCUUUGUAAUGAGGAAUCUUGAUAAUAACUUGAAAUCGAGCAAGGAACCUCAUUCUCACUCGCCCUACUUUAUUUUGCAAGAACUUCGAGAUGUAUCUACAAUGGCUAUUGAAUACUUCGAGGAUAAAAUCGCUCCAGAUUUGAGAAAAAAGGAAAUGCUUGCUUUAACAUCACACAGAGGAUUUGCUUUUUUCAGCAAACAGUUCAAUACUAUAACAAAUGAUUUAGCACUCUCGACUAGCUUGGAAUCAAGCAGUCAUAAUAUUCAUCUGAAGCCAGUCCCAGUUAUAAAGCGACAGUCAAUUAAAAAAAUGGUAAAACAAUGUUUCCUCCAGUAUCGAAAUGAUGAAGCAUAUUGUAAAGCUAAGAUAACGAAAGAUAACGAGCGACGAAGAAAAUUACUGAGGCUCACAAAAUUGGUGCGUCAACAAGGAAAAUUAAUCAAAGAAUUGACCGAGACCAGUAGCGAGCAGUCUGCCAGAUUGAGCAAUAAUGAAGCCAUUAUUAACGAUCUAAAGAGACAGCUACACGAAUGUAAACAUAAUUUCCCUCAGAAAUUUUCUGAACUGAUGGAUGUCGAUGUUUCUCCCGAAAGAAAUGAAUUCAGUAUUAAUUCCCCUUCUGGAUCGAUAGAAAAAUCUUCGAAUGAUGAAGAAAUCCAGGCAUCGGCCAAGAAGAAACGAAAAAGCCAAAGUUGAAAUUGAUUUUAAUUCUUCGCGAUUUUUAUUUUAUAUUAAGCAUAUAACUAUUUAUUUAUUCAGUCGUUUUAACGUUGCAGUGAGUUACCCAGUUAAUUGUUUAUUUUAAAUCACGGUGAGCAAAAUUAGUGUGAAGGCCUGAGGAGACGUACAAUUUGGUAAACUUUAUGCCAGCUGGUACUGGUAUUAUUGAAUAUAUAAAAGAGAAAAAAAUGAAUCAAUGUUUCAUUAUUGAGACAAAAACGAAUAAAAUUUUUUUUGUAUCUAUUGUAAAGAUGUGUGAUUUUAUAUUAACGUUUAUUUAUUGUGUGAGAGAUCAGUAUUUUAUUAAGUUAAUGUUAAUUCUGAAUGGCGAUAGUCAUAUUUUAUCUUGUAAAAAAAAAGUAAUCAACUUACAAUCAAAAAGAAAUAGAAAAGGGUUCGUAUAUUUUGUCAAAAAUUAUCAAUAAAAGUUUAGACUAAUUUA